AUUGCUGCCGAACACCUAGAGGAUGCCCCCUCGGUCAAUUAGACUGAGAGAGCAUUCCCGUACUCUCUCACUCGCCCCCAGUCUCUGCACUCUCUGCUUCGACCUGAACAGAUCAAAGACCGAAGCUUUCGAGAACUUCCAAUUCGCCGGCUCCGAUGGCUCCGAAGGCAAUUACCAGUCCUGUGCCGAUCACGUGGUACCCGACCCUCGCCGUCGUGAUGGUCUCCCUCGGCCUCCUCUUCACCGCUUCCUUCUUCAUCUAUGCGGCGACCAUUUCUAGGACAAACCGCAGUCUUGCGAAGGAAAUUACAACAGGAACAUUGGCUUCGUUCUUUUUGGGUUUUGGAACCUUGUACGUCCUGCUUGCAUCGGGCGUUUAUGUCUGAGGUUUUAAAUUAUGAAAUUUUGUUAACAAAAAUCAGAGAUUUACAUUAAGGAUAUGAUAUUGUUGACAUUGUUAGUCAAAUGUACUCUUAUGGUUCUUAAAUGGGACAAGUUUGGUUAUA